UGGCAUUUUGUGUCUUCAAGUGUCGAUUUUUUUCUCAUGACGUGUCGAGUUAAAUAAAGUUAAAAAAACAGAAAUAUUAAGCUAAAUUUAAUUAUAAAAUUAUCAAAAAAUUAAAAUUUAAAUAUUUCUACAAAUAUGUCUAAACAAUUACUAGCUUUAGUGGCACUAUUGGCCUGUUGCAAUACAGUAUUUGGUUUAUAUUUUCAUAUUGCCGAAACAGAACGCAAAUGUUUCAUAGAGGAGGUACCCGAUGAGACUACAGUCAUUGUGAACUAUAAAGUGGAAUUAUAUGAUCCCCGUUCAAAUGGUUUCAUGCCCUCAUCACCUGGCAUUGGCAUGCAUGUAGAGGUACGCGAUAGCGAUGAUAAAAUCAUUCUUUCCCGUGUCUACAGCUCAGAGGGUCGCAUCUCCUUCACCUCUCAUACACCAGGUGAACAUGUCAUCUGUAUGUAUUCGAAUAGUACGGCCUGGUUUAGUGGUGCUCAAUUGCGUGUCCAUUUGGAUAUACAAGUUGGUGAACAUGCCAUUGAUUAUGCCAGUGUCGCACAAAAGGAAAAAUUAACUGAAUUGCAAUUGCGUAUACGCCAGUUGUUGGAUCAAGUCGAUCAGAUUACAAAGGAGCAAAACUAUCAACGUUAUCGCGAAGAACGUUUCCGUCAAACUAGCGAAAGUACUAACUCACGUGUAUUAUGGUGGUCUGUCUCACAAACUGUUGUCUUGGUGUGUAUGGGCUUCUGGCAAAUGAGACAUUUGAAGAGUUUCUUUGAGGCCAAGAAAUUGGUGUAAAAUUAUUCUAUGUCGAAAAUUUCUAGGAUUUUAGUUGAUGAUUUGGUGAUUUCCACUUAAUAUACGAAACUGACAGUUUUUUUAAUUUUACAUACUUUUUUUAACAUCAUAGUCUUUUAGCCAUUAAUUUAAAUUCGUUUUGUGAGAAAAAUUUCCUUAUUGGAUUUUUUUUUUCAUUUUAUGGUCUACUCCAUUAUGUUUAAGCCACCACUCAUUAUACAGUUUCGAUAUAUUUUGAAAAUUAAUAAAUACAUCUUGUUGUGGAAAUCUAA